GAGGUCGGGGUGGGCGGGUGUCGGGGAUGUGCUAGCUUCCUCGCUCCGAACAGCAGCAAAACACUGCGGUCAUUCAGAGCAGCAGCAGCAACAGCAGCGGCAGCAGCGGCAGUAGCAGACCCCCGUCGGCUUCAGCCCGCGCCGCGCGAUGUCAUCCACCUCCAUGGCGGCCUCUGCCGCGGCCUCUGCCGCGUCCGCCGCGUCGCGCCGCCAGUCGUGCUACCUGUGCGACCUGCCCCGCAUGCCCUGGGCCAUGCUGUGGGACUUCUCGGAGCCCGUGUGCCGCGGCUGCGUCAACUACGAGGGAGCUGACCGCAUCGAGCUGGUGCUGGACACGGCGCGCACGCUCAAGCGCACCCACGGCUUUCAGGACGGCCGCUCGCCUGGACCUCCCUCCUCGGCGCCCUCCCUCGCCGCCUCGCUCGCCGCCUCGCUCAAGGUGGACGCGCUCUCCUCCUCGUCCUCGGCGUCCUCUGCCGCGGCAUCGUCGUCGUCCAAGGACGUGCCUAUGAACCACGUGGAGAUGAUGGGCGGCAGGUCGCUGUCGCACCAAGCCGCCUCUUCCAUGGAACGCUAUCAGCUGUCGGCGGCGGCCGCGGAGCGCGCCCGCAUGCUGGAGUUCCACCCGCCGGCCGCGCCCGGCCGCAUCACGAACGGGCUGCCCGCGUCGCCGGCCGUGAACGGCUUCCCCAAGGUCGAGGAGCAGCCGCCCGAGCUGCAGAGGCAGAGCCCAAACCCGCGCCGGACGCACUCCGUGCCGCCGCCCGGCGCCUUACCCCCCAGCCUCAUCCCGCACCACAUGGUGAGUGGCGGCGGCGGCGGCCCACACCACCAGCAGCAACACCAGCAACACCACCACCACCAGCAGCAGCAGCAGCAACAGCAGCACCACCACCAGCAACAACAGCACCACCAGCUACCGUUGGGCUUCGGGCACCCAGGAGCUGGCAGACACCCGCACCAGCACCCGGGUCUGCCGCUGUCACUGGGCGUGAGUAUGGACGCGCUGGGGGUGAAACAGCAACAACAACAGCAGCAGCAGCAACAGCAGCAGCAUCAGCGUGGGGGGUCUUCGUCGUCGUCGUCCUCGUCCGUGGACGGCGAGCGGGACCUGAAGGAGAAGCGCGGCGUGGAGGCCCUGGCCGAGCUGGCGGAGAGCGUGCGCAACCGCGCCGAGGAGUGGCCCGGGCGGCCCAAGGCGGUGCGGGAGACGCUCGUCACGCUGUCCAACAGCACCCCGUUCGACGUGCGCCUCAAACGGGACCCCACGCUCCAGCGAGGACGCGUGGUGGCCGUGGACUGCGGUUGCGCCAGCGGCGGCGGCGGCGGGGGGAAGGGCGCCUCGGACUACUACGAGCUGAAGGUGUUCGUGGAGUACCCGAGCGGUACGGGGGUGGUGUUCCCCAGCGCGUCGGGCGCCGCGCGGCAGAUGUGCCAGGACAGCAUGAAGGACUUCACCCGCGGGCCCUCGUCCGGCCUCAAGUGGCUCGAGUACGAGCGCAAGCACGGCACGGGCGACUGGCGGCCCAUGUCCGAGCUGCUCACGGAUUCCGUGCGCUUCUUCAGGGACGUGCCGCGAGGGGAAAUGCUGCCCGUGCCCUUCCUGGACCCCGGCUGCCCCGUGCUGCCCACCGUGUACUGCAGCGUGCCCCGCGCAUACCUGGGCAGCCGAGGGCAGCGCAAGCGGAAAGCGUCGCCCGAGCCCCCGGAUUCGGUGGGCAGCGGUGGCCCCAAGGUGAACGGAAGCGGCGGAGGCGGCGGUGGCGGAAGCGAGGACCACUCACACGGCAGGCAGCAGCCGUGGAUGCCGCCGCCUCCCCCAGGUGGCACGGCGGCGGCGGCGGCGGCCGGGGCAGGAGGAGGAGGAGGGGGAGGCUACCCGCCCAGCAUGCCUCACCCGCCGCCAGCGGCCGCGCUCAACUCGAGCCGCACGACGCCUCCCGAGUCAACCCUGCGCAACGGGACGUCCCCCAUGGCCGCGCUCAUGUCAGUCGCCGACAACCUGGUGACGGCGCAGUCGCCCAAGGAGGGCAACAACCAGGUACACUCCACCACGGCCAAGCGAAGCAGCAGCAGCAGCCCCGUUUCACCCGCAUCUGCAGCCGGGCAGCAACAGCAGCAGCAGCAGCGUCGUGGAGGAGGAGGUGGAGGAGGAGGAGGCGGAGGAGGAGGCGGCGCAGUGCGCAAUGGUGAGACGCCGAGGCCUAGCUCGCAGUCGGACGCCGAGCAGUCGGUGCCACAGUCCCUGCCGGACUCGUCCGUGGCGGGCAACGGGCCCCUGUGCUGCACCAAUUGCCACGAGCGGCUGGAGGACACGCACUUCGUGCAGUGCCCGUCCGUGCCGUCACACAAGUUCUGCUUCCCGUGCUCGCGCGAGAGCAUCAAGAAGCAGGGUGUCAACGGCGAGGUGUACUGCCCGAGCGGGCAGAAGUGUCCCCUGGUGGGCUCCAACGUGCCCUGGGCCUUCAUGCAGGGUGAAAUAGCGACCAUACUGGCCGUCAAGAAGGAGAUGGACCAUUAGGGCCUUCACAGAGCGUGCGAUCCCAUUGUUAUUAUAUAUGUACGUAUUAAACAAACGAAAUUGAUGGUGAUGAAAAAAACACAGAGCUGAGAGGGCACGGGCUGGUUGAGACUUUUAUGUUGCCGUUGGGUGGACUGUACUUACUCAAAUGUAAAUAUUUAGGAAGACUUUCGUUUUUGAUUAAACGAAUUUGCUAAUACAAGUGUCAUAUAUUUUUGGAGGUAUGUACUGUUCUAGUAAUUGCUUUAGUUAUUGAUUUUUUUUCUCUCCCUGUUUAUUGUUUUAUCGGCGUAUCUUUCUGUUAAAAUAGGAGUAAGCUUUGGUGGUGAAACUCACAAAGCUAAAGCGAUCGCAGGCUGCUCACGGCUCAAUGUUUAACUUUGUAUGACACUUCAGAAAUUAUCACAUUUCCUCUCCAGUUGAUGUACGCACUUAAAAUAGAUUGCCAAAUGCUUUGUCCAGCCUCGUCUUGUUUUGUUUAAUUGAGUGCAACAUAGGAAUAGUAUCACACAGUAUAGAUCAUGCAUAAAUUAGACAACUUUUUUCUGUUAUGUCAACAUCCACUGCUGUCAUCAGUAAUGUAUGUAAAUACAGUUCUGUGUACAAACCUA